AUGAACUCGCGGAAGCCCGCGCCGCCGCCGCCGCGGCCCGUCGCCGCGACGCCGGGCCCGCCGCGCGUUGACCUCGCGGCGAAGGAGGCGCUCGAGAAGCUCGAAGCCGAGCGCGAGCGCGAGCGCGAGGUCGCCCGGGAGGCGGAGGCCGCGAAGGAGCGCGAGCGCGAGCAGAUCCGGCAGCAGCAGCUCGCGGCCGAGGCCCAGGCGCGCGAGCGCGAGGAGCAGCUCCGGCGCGAGCAGGCCGAGGCCAAGCAGCAGGCCGAGGCCGAGGCGGCGGCGCGGCAGCGCGAGGCGGAGCUGCGGGCGCAGCAGGCGCGCGAGGAGCGGCUCCGCCAGGAGCAGGCCCGCGUCGAGCAGGCGCGGCGCGUCCCGGUCGCGCCCCAGCUGGAUCAGACCGUCCCCGUGCAGACGGAGCGCGUCCCGGUCGCGCCCCAGCUGGAUCAGACCGUCCCCGUGCAGACCGAGCGCGUCCCCGUCGCGCCCCAGCUCGAGGAGACCGUCCCCGUGCAGACCGAGCGCGUCCCGGUCGCGCCGCAGAUGGAGGCGACCGCCCCCGUGCAGGCGCAACGCGUGCCGGUCGCGCCCCAGAUGGGCCCCGGCCCGCCGCCGCCGCCGGAGGGCUCGCGCGUGCUCGUGCCCGAGGCGCCCAGCGCCGAGCCCGCGUGGGCGUCCGUGACGUCGGGCGGCGCGCCGCCCGCGGCGCCGAACGCGAAGCCGCUCAAGAGCAUGUCGCCCGUCGAGUUCCAGAAGCAGUGGGCGUCGAACAUCAUCGCCACCGCGGGCCGGCAGAAGAAGCUCGGCGAGCUCAAGCAGGUCAUGGGCGACCUCGCGGACAAGGUCGCCGAGGCCGCGCCGCCGGAGAAUCCCCUGCCUCCGGCCCCCGCCGCCGCGAGCCCCCUGCCUCCGCCCCCGGCCGCCGCGAGCCGCGUGCAGGGCCUGCAGGUGUCGCCGAGCCCCCUGCCGCCGCCUCCCGCCGCCGCGCCGGUGCCCGAGGAGAGCCCCCUGCCUCCCGUCCCCGCCGCCGCGCCGCUGCCCGAGGUGUCGCCGGGCGCGCUGCGCCUGGCGGACAUCUUCGACGGCCGCCUCGGCCCGACGAAGCUCUCGCUCCGGUCCGACGACGCGAUGAUGUCGCUCUCGGGCGUCUUCACGGCCUAUGCCGCGAACAAGCCCGCGUCGGGACGGGACCUCGUCGCCCUCCGCUGCGCCAACGGCGCCGAGAUCGUCAUCGACGCCGCCCGCUGCCGCGACGUGUCCUUCGACGACCGGCGCGCGCCCGACGGCGACGCCGCGCUGAGCGUCUUCUUCUCCAACGUCGACGGCGCGCCCUUCCUCUCCGCGACCCUCGACGGCGGCGGCGGGCCCGCCGCCGCCGCGGCGCGCUGGCGAGAGCUCAAGGAGACCUAUGAGUAA